UUUUUCAUGAUGGAAUUGUUUGCACUACUAUUAACCACAACCACUACACCAGCAUUAGACAAGUGACGUGUGGACCCCAGGUCUAUAUGUCAGCCACUGCUACAGUGUUGCUGCACUGGAAGCAGGAUCUAUGUCCACCUUUUCCAGUAGUGUAGUGGCCGGCCCAAAAAUCCAGGGGACUUUUACGUGCCCCCGUCGCGCUCCCGCCGCUCCGCGUCCGCGUCCGCGUCGGCCGCACGCACGCCACGAGCCGAGACGGAGAUGCGACGCCUCCGUCUGUACGAGGCCGCGUGUUGUUAAACGAUUCGGCGUGGGGGGUUGUUGGAGAGAGCGCGUCAGGUACGGAUACCUCAACCCCCGAAUCCCCCGCGCGCCGCGAGGCGACCGAUCAGUAUAUAUAUUGCGUGUGCGUGCCUACGCGAGCGCGGGCGGGUGGGUUUGUGGGUUAUGUUUCGGUGCGUGCCGAUAGUAUAUAUGGCGGAGUAGUAGUUGAGUCGAGUUCGCGCAUGCGCCGCCGUGGCGACGACCUAGCUUAAACCCUAUGCUGCCCAUGCGUCCCAGGGCGAGUCAGGCGGCGGCGCCGGAGACCGCCGCCGCCGCGGAGAGCCUCCGCGAGGAGGAGACCGAGGACGGGUGGGUCUUCCUCGCCGGCAGGUCAAGGGCGACGAGGCCGCCGCCGCCGCCGCCUUCGCCCAUGGCGAGGGCCGUGGCGUCCGGCAGCAGCGGCGGCGGAGGCGGCCAGCCGUUCGACCCCACGGCGGAGGAUAUCGUCAACCGGUACCUGCCGUUGCGCCGGGCGCUGCGGUGCGACGCGCUGCCGAGGCAGGUGCACGACGCGGAUGUGUACGGCGCGCACCCGGCGCUGCUCGCGUCGGUGUACCCGGCGGCGAACGAGCGGUUCGAGUGGUUCUUCUUCGUGUGCCGCCGUCAGUGCCCCGGUGGCCGGCGCAGGGCCGGGCCCGGGGACUACCGCCUCUCGCAGGAGGCGAAGCACCGCGGCAACGCGUUCUGCCACAGCUUCCGGUACUACGAGUACGAGGACGCCGGCGGCGGCUUCAGGGAGACCGAGUGGCGCAUGGUGGAGUACGGCGAUCGCGGCCGCGACGCCGGCGCCGGAGGCUCCGAGGGCUUCGAGCUGGUCGUCUGCAAGGUCUACCCGGCGCGCGGCGGGGCGCUCCACGAGCGGCUCGGGGCCGACCGGGCGGUGCUCGCGACGCGCCACCGCGCCGACGAGGACGCCAAGCCGCAGGUGCUCGUCCAGCUCUACCUCGCCAGCCUCCGCCUCGGGAACCCGCUCGCGUGCCGCGUGCACCGCGCCGACGACGUCUUCGACGCGCACCCGGCGGUGAUCACGGCCGCGCUCCCUGCUGCCAACGACCGGUGCGAGUGGUUCUUCGCCGCCGUGCGCCCGCGCGGGCACGCGCAAGGGCACGGGGACGGCGCGCCGCCGCGCCCGCGGAAGGCCGGGCCAGGGGCGUACGUGCCGGUGCGCGAGUGCCGCGUCGUGGACGGGAGGCGCGGGGACAUGGGCUGCCGCCUCGUGUUCUGGUACAGGGAGGACGACGAGGAGGCGAGGCGGGCGUCGCGGAGGACGGAGUGGUGGAUGGACGAGUACAGGUUCGGCCCGGACUUCCCGUACGGCGAGCUGCCCGCGCCCAUGGCGCGCGGCGAAGACGAAGAGCUGGUGGUGUACAAGGUGUAUCCUAGGCUGGUCGGUAACCGGCGAUAAAUCGUCGUUUGUUUGGAAUUUUGGAUGGCCGGGGAUAUCAGAUAUCUGUAACAACUUUAUUAUUUUUGGAGGAAAAAUAUCAAAAUACACAUCACUUCGAAUUAA